AUUGUAACAUUUAUAUGAUACCCCUUGUAUAAAAUGGUAAAGUCAAGGUUUGCUAUUCGGAAUUUAUACAAACCGUAGAUGCUUGAAUCCGUGGAUUAAAAAAUCCAUGGAUAAGGAGAGCUGAAUGUAAUAUUAUUAUUCUGCAGGGAAUUUUCUGUAUAUAAUUCAUAUAUAUUUUAUAAUUCAUAUUUUAUAAUUCAUAUAUGUUUUGUAAUAAUUACAUGUUGCAAAUUUGUUGCAAAAAUAUUGCAGUUUUUUGUGCAUGGUAAAAUAAAAUGCGCAAACAAUUACGUAUCGCACGAAAGCAAUACAUAAUACGUUUUUAUGCAUCGCCAAAAAAUAAAAAGCAAUGCCUGGGGGAGAGCUGCAUGGCAGCAGUUUCAAAUCUCUCUCCAAAGCUUGCAAAGCUUCCAGAUGGUUCGGCUACAAGGCCCAUCAUCCCCCAUCCAGCUGUGCAUCCAAGAGGCAGGUUGGGAGAGACAGUGGUUUAGCAAGGAGUCCUUGGUCCUCCAAGGGUUAAGGGAGCUGAGCUCUGAUUCCUAGAGAGGCCACAGGGACUUUUUAAUUUAUUAUCUUUAUGUUUUGCAAUGGAGGGAAGAAGGGAGGAGAAAAUCAGGGAAUCCACGUUGUUUGUUUAGUCUGGAAAAGAAGAGAGGAGGGAAAAGGUCUUAUUUUGGCUGCAAUCCCUGGCAGAAAGAAGAAGAAGCCAGGGCUUAUAUCUCAUCAUCAAUGCCUGCCUGCAAAGGUCUGAGGAGGAGCCAUUGCAAAUGCAAACAGCUAAAUGGGUGAUUCCUUAAGGACUGCCAACAGGAAGGAAAGGCCUGAUGGAGGGAUCCAGCAGGACAAUGGGGAUUAUGGGACACCGUCUGCGGUGCAACCAGAAACAACCAAGGCAGCAGAGAUAGAGAAGUUUGGAAAUGCAUCAAAAGCAAAAAGGCAUGCAGGAAAUCCAUCAAAGAACAGGAAGAAGACAUCUUCUGGUUAUUGGGGUGCUGAUCUCCUUGAACCCCAUAUCCUGCAAGAAGAAUACAAUGAAAGGAGAAAGGAAAAGUGUCCCGUCUGUGGGAAAACAUUCAAUCAUAAAUCAAACUUUAAGCGGCAUUACAGAACUCAUACAGGGGAGGAACCGUAUAAAUGCGCAGCAUGUGGGAAGGGCUUUCAGCACCAAGGGAACUAUGACAGACAUCAGCGGACCCACACAGGGGAGAAACCCUAUAAGUGCACCAAGUGUGGGAAGUGCUUCAGCAACCUUAUCUCACACCAAAGAACUCACACAGGCGAGAAGCCGUAUACAUGCCUCGAUUGCGGGAAGAGCUUCAGUAUGAGCAGCAGCCUUGCUUCACAUCAGAGGACCCACACAGGGGAGAAACUCUAUAAAUGCAAGGUGUGUGGGAAGCGCUUUGGCACAAGCAGUGGCCUGACCACACAUCAGAGAACCCACACGGGGGAAAAGCCAUACCAGUGCAACGAGUGUGGGAAAAGCUUCAUCCAGAGCAGUAGUCUUACCGCACAUCAGAGAACCCACACGGGGGAAAAGCCAUACACAUGCGCCGAGUGUGGGAAGAGCUUCAUUCAGAGCAGCAACCUCACUUCUCAUCAGAGGAUCCACACCGGAGAGAAACCUUACCCCUGCACAGAGUGCGAAAAGACAUUCGGCGAUAGUGGCACGCUUCGGAAACAUCAAAGAAUUCACACAGGGGAGAAGCCAUACAAGUGCACAGAGUGUGGGGAAAGGUUCACCGAUAAUGGGACACUUAGGAAGCAUAAAAUAACUCACACGGGGGAAAAACCUUACAAAUGCACAGAGUGCGGGAAAGGCUACAGCAGUAACCGAAAUCUUGCAGCACAUCAGAGAACCCACUGAAAGGAGGGGAAAGCUUUGUUUUUGCAUGAUGGCAUGGAUAAUCCUGACUUGGUAUUCAGUGAGUGGUGUGUACCGUCACUUUAGGGCAGAAGCUCCCAUGAAAAUGGAAAAACCAGAAAUAUGUGAGACCUCCCCAAACAUUAAUGAUUGACAGUCAUCCUCCCCCACCAAGAGCACCACCCAUAACUCGCCUUGCAGCCUUGGAUUCAUUUCAUCCCCCACAUUUCCAAAGUGAGUCCACUUUCAGUCCGAUGUUAACAGCCACUGCUGCAGAGGAUCCACCUUCUCUCUUCCCUCUCCUCCUCCCAUUCCCUCCAAGCCAAACAAAAUCAACAUCGUAUGUUCCCCACUUUAACAAUUUUUUUGUAUUCUCCCCAUUUCCAAAGUCCUUCCCUUUGAAUCCAAUAUUUGCAGCACCACCAGGGAGGAUUCAGCUUCUCUCCUCUCCUCCCCAUGCAGCCAGUCAAAAGCAACACCAUACCUUUCCCUGCUUUGCCAAAGUUUGCAUCCUCCCCAUUUCCAACAUCCUUCCACUCUGAAUCCGAUGGUUGCAGCCACUACCACAAAGGGAAGGUACAAUGUUGAUUUUGUUUGGGUGAGGAGGAGGAGGGAAGAGAGGUUGGGUCCUCCCCAGUGGUGGCUCCAAACAUCAGAUUCAAAGGGAAGGACUUUGAAAAUGAAGAGGAUGCAGACUUUGGCAAAGCAGGGUUGCUUUUGACUGACUGGGAGCCCGGGGAGAGGAGGACAGAAGACAGAUUGGAUCCUUCUUGGUGGUGAUCCAAACAUUGGACUUGGAAUGAGGUGGAUGAAAAGUGGGGAACAUACGCUGUUGCUUUUGGCUGGCUGGGAGGGAGAUGAUGAGGCCGACUUUGUUAAGCAGCAGCUACAAAAUCAUAAAUAGUCAGUACCAUGAAUCUGAAAUCCGUGAAUGUGGAGGGCUGGCUGUACAUCUGAAAACCUUCAGUACAACCUUUUUUAACCCAUAAAAUCUCAUGCUGGAGGGCUGUAUCCCAAGCAAUAUCCUUUAAAUGCAAGAAUCCACUUAGAGAAUUUCAGUGCAGAAAAUGGUUCACUGAUAGAGGAGGUCUUAGUAGCAAGUACAUUAGCAAUAGCAAGUACAUUCCUAUACCACUUACCAAUGUACUAAGCUUUUUACAAAGCGUAAGCUAAUUGCCCCCAACCAGCUGGAUAUUAAUUUUACCCUGACCUUUCUCCAAGGCUUG